AAUUUUUUGGUGAAAUUCUCUUAUCAUCUCCAUUAUUGUCCUAGAGAAUGAACAAAAGAAUCCCUUUGUUUAUGACCCUGUUUUGUUUCCUCACCACAACCACUGUAUGCUAUGUAGAUCCAAAUUUUGAAGCCUGUGAACCCAAAACAUGUGGCAACCAAACUAUAACUUACCCUUUCUACAUCAAAGGAACACAAGAACCCUCUUGUGGCUACCCUGGUUUUGGUCUCACUUGUGACAAUACUAUUGGUUUUCCAAUCCUUAAUCUUUCUAAUACCUUAUACAUAAUCAACCAAUUUUUCUAUCAAAACCAAUCACUACGAGUGUCCAAUGCUUAUUUUUCAAGAUCAAACACCAAAAAGGGUUGUCUUUCACCUACCAAAAACCUCAGUAUUCCCAUCACAAUGUUCUAUCUCGCACAUAACCAAAGUAAAGUGACUUUGUUUUUCGGAUGCGACUCAGCAUCGCUCCCCAGAGAGCUGCAAAGUAACAAAAUCGGUUGCUCAGCAGGAAACGAAACGAAUUCGGUUGUGGCAUUAUAUGAGGGGGAUAAAAAUGAAAGCUUUGUGUCAAAAAAUUGCAUGGGUGGUGAGGUGGUGAAAGCGAUGGUGGAAAAUGUUGUGAAAGGGGGGAUUGAAGAGGCGCUGAGUAAAGGAUUCCGGUUGAAUUGGAUUGCAAGUAACUGUUCCGAUUGCAGCAGCAGUGGAGGGAGGUGUGGCUUCGAUUCAGAUACAUACAAUUUCCGAUGUUACUGCACCGACAGGGUUCAUGCUGCAAAAUGUGAAACAGGUCUGUCUUUGCAAAAUGAUUUUGAACUUACAGCUCCAGUCGCUAGGAAGUCUCCUGCGGUGCAUGUAAUGACAAUAGUGGGCUCGGUGAUUGGAGUUGCAAUUGCCUUGCUGAUUGUCUUAGCUUGUUGGUUUAGGAAAAGGAUAUUCUCUCCCACAUCUCCUUUGUUCAGGAAGAAGAAUUCAAGCCAUCAAAUUAUUGAAAAGUUUUUGAAGGAACAUGGACCUCUUCCCGCUACUAGGUACAAUUAUUCAGAUAUUAAGAAAAUAACAAAUUCUUUCAAAAACAAAUUAGGCCAAGGAGGAUAUGGAAGCGUAUAUAAAGGAAAGUUACACGACGGGCGUAUUGUUGCCGUGAAGAUUUUAAAUGAAUUAAAAGGGAAUGGUGAAGAUUUCAUGAAUGAAGUUGCAAGUAUGAGUAGAACUUCACAUGUCAAUGUUGUUAGACUUUUGGGGUUUUGUUUGGAUGGUUCUAAAAAAGCGUUAAUAUAUGAAUUCAUGCCUAAUGGAUCUCUUGAGAAGUUUAUAUAUGAAGAGAAAAUUCCACCAGAUGAUCGACAUUUGGCUUGCAAAUCAUUGUAUGAUAUUGUAGUUGGCGUUGCUCAAGGAUUAGAGUAUUUACACAGAGGCUGCAACACUAGAAUCUUACACUUUGACAUAAAACCUCAUAAUAUAUUACUAGAUGAUGAUUUUUGUCCAAAAAUUUCUGAUUUUGGACUUGCGAAAGUAUGUCCAAGAAAAGAAAGCAUUGUAUCCUUAUUUGGAGCUAGGGGACCAGGAUAUAUUGCUCCAGAGUUGUUUUCAAGAAAUUUUGGCGGGGUAUCACAUAAGUCAGAUGUCUACAGUUAUGGAAUGAUGGUUUUAGAGAUGGUUGGACAAAAAAAUAACAUUAAGGUUGAAGUUGAUUGUUCUAGUGAGUUAUAUUUUCCACACUGGAUUUACAAGCGUCUUGAAUUGAAUCAGGAUCUUGGAUUAAAGUGUAUUAAAAAUGAGAGUGAUAAAGAAAUGGUAAGAAAAAUGACACUGGUGAGUUUAUGGUGCAUACAAACCAAUCCUUUGAAUCGACCCUCAAUGCAUAAAGUGGUGGAAAUGUUGGAAGGGAGCCUUCAAGUGUUGGAAAUGCCACCAAAACCCUUUUUGUCUUCUCCUUCACCUUUAGUAUUUUCAACCGAUUUGUCAUCUCUAACAUUGUAAUGCAGAGUAUGUAACACUAGAAAAAAAAUGCCAUGAUAAUUCACAUAUAAAUACAACUAUUGCAAGAUUA